AUGAGCACACCGGUGAAGCCACCGUACCUAUGCAGCGCAGAACCUCCUUCACUCGAAGAAGUCGAGGCAGCCGUUCGGAAGCUGAAGAAUGGAAAAGCAGCAGGCGAAGACGGUGUACAGCCGGAGCUGCUAAAGGCCCUGCCACCCAUGGCAGUCGAGACUUUCAUUGGAGCGCUGAAGUCGUACAAGAUCCUCGAGCGCAUCUUCGCCGACCGGCUGUCCGAAUAUUGGGAAAAGCGCACACGCGAAGAGCAAGCCGGCUUCCGCCCGGGAAGUUCCACGACGGAUCAGAUCUUCGUUCUGCGAAGGGCACUCGAAACACGGAACCGGUACAAGCAGCCACUCACUGUCGCCUUCCUGGACUACGCGUGCGCUUUCGACUCGCCAGACCGCGAGCGCGUAUACGAGCUCCUGCGCAGCGACGGCGUUCAAGCGAAGAUCGUUGAGCUGAUCCGGGACAUGAACUCCAACUCGGCGGCAGUCGCCAGAACAUGCCCUGGUCACACUCGACCGAUCAGUGUAGCCACAGGAGUUAUGCACAGAUCGGUGUUGGCUCCGAUGCUCUUCAACUUCGUGAUCGACACCAUCAUGAACGAAGCGGUCAAAGAAUACGGAGGAGGAUUUACCCUGCUCCCAUCCGCGAAGCGGCUUACCGACCUAGACUACGCAGACGACUUGGUACUGCUGUCAGACAGCCGAGAAGUACUCCAGCGGCUCAUCGACCGUGUUGCACAACACGCAGAACGGUUCGGACUCCGCCUCAAACCCACGAAGUGCAACAUGAUCUCCACGCUCCUGACGCGGAGCAGCUGA